CCUAAAUAGCAUGUUCUGGGCCUCGUAACUUUUUGUCCAUUUAAUCUUUCGAGUGUUUAGACAAACAUAAUUAAUUGAUUUUUCUUCUCAUUCUCACUUCUUUCAUCUUGAUCAGGUAACUCUCUCUUCAUUCUUGCUUAUACGUGAAUAUAUUACUUCAACUCUGUUUCUGUUCAUGGUGCCCUGUUUCUUGAAAUUAUUCUUGCGGUUUGACACUAAUCCCAACGCUAUACAUGUAUUGGAAAGUAAUCAUCGCAUUGUUGUUGGCGUUUCUAGCGUGGGUGUAUAAGGCCGUCCGCCCUCCGCCACCGCGGCCCCACGGCGUCUCGGGGCCAAGAAUCAAGCUUCGAGAUGGGAGAUUCUUGUCCUACAAGGAGUAUGGAGUCCCUAAAGAGAGUGCCAAAUACAAAAUCAUCUUGGUUCAUGGCUUUGGCUCUUGCAAACAUGAAGAUGCCUUUAGUCAAUCGGAGCUGGUGGAGAAGCUGGGCGUACACAUGGUGUCGUUUGAUAGGCCGGGGUACGGGGAGAGCGACCCCGACCCGAAGAGAACGUUGAAGAGUGUUGCUUUGGACAUAGCAGAGCUUGGUGAUGAGUUAGGCUUUGGUCCUAAGUUUUAUGUGGUGGGAUGUUCCAUGGGGGGGCAGCUUGUUUGGGGAUGCCUCAAAUACAUCCCUCAUAGACUGGCCGGAGCUGCGCUGCUAGCUCCGGUGAUCAACUGCUGGUGGCCUAGUUUUCCUCCCAAGCUAUCGGCAGCAGCGUUCCGGCAGCAGUUCCCCGAGGACCAGUGGGCGUCGCGGGUCGCCCGCUACGCCCCGUGGCUCGUCUACUGGUGGAACACUCAGAAGUGGUUUCCUCCCAAUAGUGUGAUAGCCGGGAGGGCUAAUUUUUCCGCACCGGAUCUUGAAAUUCUGUCGAAACGUGACCUAAGUUCAAUUGACAUGGAGUAUCCGACGCAACAGGGCGUGUAUGAGUCGCUUCACCGCGAUAUGAUUGUGGGGUUUGGGCGAUGGGAUUUUGAUCCUAUGGAAAUUGAGGAUCCUUUCCACGGUGAAAAAGGAUCAGUUCAUCUGUGGCAGGGCGACCAGGACGGGUUAGUCCCGGUUGCCCUGCAGCGCUACAUUGCUAAAAAGCUUCCUUGGAUUAAUUAUCAUGAGAUGCCAAACACAGGGCAUAUGUUCUUAGCUUUGGAAAGCGCCCAAGAUGCUGUAUUGCAUGCACUUUUUGCUAGUUAGGUGCGACUCAUACCGCAAGUUUGUUUCUAAAUAUUACUCUUUAUAUAUAUAAAAGGAGAUAUCUUUUUUUUUUUGAGAA